UGAGAAGAAAGUGACAGCGUUACAUUUGAAUGUCCUACGCAUUGAGACGUCCUCUGAGUCUCAAGGUGAUAAAAGCAAUAAGCGUUGGUAGCACAAUAGAAAAUCCUCAUGAUCCUGUUGGUAGUUUCUGGACCCAAACUAAUUCGGAGCGGGUCACUACAAGCCGCCGGGAAUAAGCCGAACAUUGUCGAACAACAAGCCAAGUUCUUUCAGGAUUUUUUCUCAGUACAGUUGAGCCCAUACAAGAUAGAGUUCGGCCACGUGUGCGAAGACCCAAACUCUUGGGAACAACGCUACGAGAAGAAAGAUUAUAAAAACCACCGAGAUAUGGGAAAAGUGCGAUGGGGAGAUAAGAAAGGCGGCUACGGUGAACAUUACUGGGACUUAAACCAUGCUGGACAUACCGAUAAUCAUGACAAUGAUUAUGAUAAUCAGAAUGACAAUCCAACGGACGAUGAAUCAGACUCAUAUGUCGAGCCAAGUGAACAGAAUGAAAAUUAUGAAACUGAUACUGAAAAACCUGCAUAUGAAAACGAACGCUCUAAGAGAGCAUACGAGAAAGAAAAGCGCAACUCCAAAGAUAAAAUAAGAAAUGAAAAAUCACAACCCCAAACAUACAAAGAGGAUGAAGAUAACAGAUCUGAAGACAGUGGGCCUAGAAAACAAAAUAUUAAAUUGAGAUCCGGAGAAGAAGAAACGCCAGAUAGGAAAACCGAUGAACAAAGAGAAAAGAAUCACAUAAUUUUAGUCGUUAAGCAUAAAGACAGGCCACAGCCUGUUAAUAAAAAGCAAUUCGUACCUUAUGUAAAUGGAGCUGGUAUUAGACAUCCACCAUCAAACAAUAAAAGAGAUGUAAACCACCGUCUUUUCAUAGAGCCUUCAACUGGUCACGUUAUAGAUAGAGCCACGGGUAAAGCUUACGUUUUACAGCCUUUAAUGUAGUUAGGUAACGCGAUAUUUAGAAUUAAGAUAGGGAGAGAAUUUAUUUAUUUU